CAUACGGAAGGUGCUCCAGCCCUCGGAUCAUCUCCGUGGUCUCCUCCAGACCCGUUCCAACAGCCCCAUGUCCUGUGUUUCCAGUUUGAUGCAGCAUCGCUCAAGAGCAAAAGCAAUUUCUUUUACCAGUAACGGGGGACCAGGAAACGGACCUGAAUCCCUUGGGGCAGUUCCCGGUGCCGGGCAGCUGGGAAACCACUUCCCAGGGUCACAAAAACCUCCCUGAGGUCCACCUGGACGCCUCACCUGAGCCAUAACCACCCCUGAGCCAGAGCCACUGCAGUGUUUGUCACUUGUUUCCACUUAAUGGAGAGGGAAACAGGGUCUUCAUGAUGGGCCACAAGCCCUCCCGAAGGGUUCUUACUUUCCUCCUUGCAUUUCAGCUGCUUUCUCCAGCCACCCGCACCCCCCUGGUUCUCCUGCACCAGUUGUGGAGUCCCAGCAUCUCUCACGCCACUCGCUCCUGGGCAGUAAUUAAAAGGUCUAAUUGAAAAUUGUGGGAUAUUUGCCCGGGACACAGCGUCCACCACCCAGGGAGCGUUCCCAGUGGGUUCCCGCAGGUUUCCACACGUGAUGUGCUUUGAGGAGGCUCCAUUCCAACCUCUGACCACUUUCACAGCAGGGAUGCCCAUCACGCCGGGGAAUGCAAACCCCAUCUGACGUGCCCUGGAAAAACCUUAAAUAGCCCAGCGCAGGCUCCGUCUGGUGCUGCAUCGCCGGGACUCCAGCAGGUGGGUCAGGAUUAAAUCCCAUUGGCACCUGAAAGCCUUCAUGACUCACGGCCGCAGCCUCAGCCAUCGGCGACAAAGAGGUUGGCCAUAGUUCCACUGCAGUGAUGACCUGGCAGUAAAGUGGGAGAUGUUUUCUUCGGGUUUGCUGCUAGCGUUUAGGACAUCUCCAUGGGACACUCGCUGAUUCCCCACUCCAGAUCUUUCCACACUUGAUGAAAUUUCUUCAAAAAACCAAACAAUCCAUAAAAAGCAGGCGACCUGCCCAGGGAAUCACAUGGACGUGAAGAUGGAGGCAUCAAGAGAAACCUCAGGAUAUCAGGAGGCACAUGCAGAGAUCACAGGGUUUGCCAUCAGGAUUUGACCGUGAUUUCCAGCAGCUCUUCAUUCCCAAAGGGCCAGUUGGAAACUUCAGACUCUGUUUGGAAGAGAAGCCACCCAGAGAGCAGCCCCGGUGUCUCCACUGCAAAAUCAUGUGUCCCCCCUGAAGACCCAGUCUACGUGCCCAGCUGGUGGCCCAACCUUGCCUAAGGGUGACCUCAUGAGUGCAGCCUUGCAGAUGACGGCAUUUGGUCUUGCUCUUCUCUCAACCCUCUUCCUGCUCCUGGCCACGUGCACCGACUGCUGGAUGGUGAACGCUGAUGACAGCUUGGAGGUGAGCCACAAAUGCCGAGGCCUUUGGAGGGAGUGUGUCACCAACAUGCAGGAUGGGGUCAGGACCUGUGACCAGUAUGACUCCAUCUUGGCUGACCAUCCAGUGAAGAUCGUGGUGACGCGGACCCUGCUGAUCGCAGCGGACCUCCUGGCUGGCCUGGCUCUGACCACGUUGCUCCUUGGGCUUGACUGCAUCAAAUUCCUCAAGGAAGAUCCUUAUGUCAAACUGAAGAUGUGCUACGGGGCCGGUGUCAUCCUCGGCAUUGGGAGCAUCCUGGGCCUUGUGGGCUCCGUGUGGUACGCGGUGGACGUCUACGUGGAGAGGGCCAUGUUGGUGUCCCACAAUAUAUUCCUGGGGGUCCACUACGACUUCGGGUGGUCGUGCUGGUUGGGGAUGGCUGGUUCAACAGGCUGCCUUGUGGCAUCCAUCCUGCUCACCUGCUGCCUCCACGCCUGCACAGGUCGGUCUGUUCUGUCCCACCCCAGACACCCUUUGCCCCCUCAGAGAUACGCAUGGGAUGAAGGAGCGGAGCAGAGGGUGGGGGCCCAGCGCCAAACCAGGAGGACACCGGGCAGGACUGGACUGGCCCCCGACAGCCGCCGGCAGCCCCAGAACCACCCCCAGCCCCGCAAGAUGUACGCGAUGGACUCCCGCGUGUGACGGGCAGCGGCACCUCUGCCCCCCAACCCCACACCAGCAAACACCAUCACCCGUACUGGGACGUCACCGCGACUACCACAGGGCUGCGACCGCAGAGGUGACGCGAACCGCGACGUCGGUGGCUGCAAAACGUUGCUGCCAAAGCCACCCACAGGGGAGGGAUUUCUUUCCCCGCUUCCAGCCGGUUUCAUGAAAAUAAAAUGCCAGAAAAGUGUCGCUUUGAGAAAAGCCACCACCAAACGCUCUGGGGAGGCUGUUGGGACACAGAGGGCAGAGGAGCUGCUCUGCCAUUGCUUUGGAGGGGUUGGGUGGAAGCGUCUCCUGCACAGAGCAACACUGACUCCAUGUGGUCCCGAGCCUCAACCUGCGGGAAAACAAACCCGCGCCCAGAAAUCCAUCAGCGUCGGCUUCACGUUGAACAACUGGCUACGGCGAGGAGCCCGAAGCGAGAAUGAACGUCACCAAGGGUGAUGUUGGAGGGAGUUCGUAGCCAUCCACGUCAGGCAGAAGGUCAGUUGGUGCCUGGUGAAGGGCUCCGCCUGCAGAGCUGAGUUUGCAAGCCCACAUCAAAAGGGAAUUCUGUUUUCCAAGUGGAUUCUCGCCCUUCUGCACUUACAAACCAUUGUGAAAGCAAAGCGGAAUCCCCAAUACCCUCAAACGGCCGCAGCCGCUGACUGCUUGGUUAUUGUCCUUAUUCCCCUACCCCUCACCCAAGGGUCAGAGCAGGGGAUCCGGGCAGAAAGCGCCUGCAGGGGCUUCAGAACAUGAGCCAGCAGUGGCCAAGAAGGCCACCAGCAUCCUGACUCGGAUCAGCCACGGUGCAGCCAGCAGGAGCAGGGAAGGGAUCGUCCCCCUGGACUUGGUGCUGGUGAGGCUGCACCUCGAAUCCUGGGUUCAGCUUUGGGUCUCUCAGUGCAA